CCUGAGGCCCGGGAGAAACAGCUGGAGAAGGGCCUGGUCUUCCUCCACAGCAAACUGGGGGGGCUUGUUUAGGAUCCUCUCCUUUACAUUUGCACCCUGACUGCAAGGAAAGAGAACAAAGUUGCCUUCUGUGGACACUCCUGCUCUCUCCCACCCCCACCUCCCCGAUGCAUUAAGAAGCCUCAGGUGAGCGAUGGCAGGCGCUGGUGAGCGCAAAGGCAAGAAAGAUGACAAUGGCAUUGGCACGGCCAUUGAUUUCGUGCUCUCCAAUGCCCGGCUGGUGCUUGGGGUGGGUGGAGCAGCCAUGUUGGGCAUCGCCACGCUGGCAGUUAAGCGGAUGUACGAUCGGGCAAUCAGUGCCCCUACGAGCCCCACUCGCCUGAGCCAUUCAGGGAAAAGGAGCUGGGAAGAACCAAACUGGAUGGGCUCCCCACGAUUGCUGAGCAGGGACAUGAAGACAGGCCUGAGCCGGUCCCUGCAGACCCUUCCCACAGACUCUUCGGCCUUUGACACAGAUACAUUCUGCCCACCCCGGCCCAAGCCAUUGGCCAGGAAGGGCCAGGUAGACUUGAAGAAGUCACGACUCCGCAUGUCCCUGCAGGAGAAACUUCUUACUUACUACCGGAACCGGGCAGCCAUCCCUGCUGGAGAGCAGGCUCGGGCCAAGCAAGCUGCCGUGGACAUAUGUGCUGAGCUCCGGAGCUUCCUACGGGCCAAGCUGCCUGACAUGCCACUUCGGGAGAUGUACUUGAGUGGCAGCCUCUAUGAUGACCUACAGGUCGUGACAGCUGACCAUAUCCAACUCAUCGUGCCCCUUGUGCUGGAGCAGAACCUGUGGUCUUGCAUACCUGGUGAGGAUACUAUCAUGAAUGUCCCUGGCUUCUUCCUGGUUCGUCGUGAGAACCCAGAGUACUUUCCUCGUGGCAGCAGUUACUGGGACCGCUGUGUAGUAGGAGGCUACCUCUCCCCAAAGACAGUGGCAGACACAUUUGAGAAGGUUGUGGCUGGCUCUAUCAAUUGGCCAGCCAUAGGGUCCCUCUUGGACUAUGUGAUCCGACCAGCACCUCCCCCAGAGGCCCUGACGCUAGAAGUGCAGUAUGAGCGGGACAAACAUCUUGUCAUUGACUUCCUGCCAUCGGUGACCCUUGGUGACACUGUCUUGGUGGCCAGACCACACAGGCUAGCCCAGUAUGACAACCUGUGGCGGCUGAGCCUGCGUCCAGCUGAGACGGCACGCUUGUGGGCUUUGGACCAGGCAGACUCAGGCUGCCGAUCUCUGUGCCUCAAGAUUCUCAAGGCCAUAUGCAAGUCCACCCCGGCUCUGGGCCACCUCACUGCCAGCCAGCUAACCAAUGUCAUCCUCCACUUGGCCCAGGAGGAGGCUGACUGGUCUCCAGAUGUGCUGGCCGAUCGUUUCCUGCAGGCCCUGAGGGGACUUAUCCGCUACUUAGAGGCUGGAGUCCUGCCCAGUGCCCUGAACCCCAAGGUGAACUUAUUUGCAGAGCUCACCCCUGAGGAAAUCGACGAAUUGGGAUACACUCUCUACUGCUCCUUGUCUGAGCCAGAGAUGCUGCUGCAGACCUAAGAAGAGGUGAAGGCCAAAGCAACUGUCCGGUGGUCAGGCCCCGGAUUCUCCGUUAGAAACACGUGGCUACGUAGUUGGUGCCUCACAGGGUCCCUAGGUGCCUCCUGGUUUUACUGGUCAUUGUCCCGGUCCCUUCAUGCUGAUUAGAAUGACAUCUCUUUGGUCCCCUGUUUUCUUAGCCAGCCCUAUCUAUUUUUGUUACCAAACACUGUGCUCCCUACUCCCUUCUUAGUCCAAGCUGAUUUUUCUAGAAUGAAUUGAGAAGGUAAAGUGCUGGCCUGAGCUGUUGAGACCACUUGUUUUGCAUUUUGUCCCACAUUUCCUGCUUUGUGUGCCCUGCACUGCCCUUUUGCAAAACCCUUCCGAUUCAGUGCCUGUCUCUUCCUCUCUUCUGUUUCAUGCCUUCUGUUUGGGUUUUGUCCCUGGAGCAUAACUACCUAAUGAAGAUGUUGCCUUUCAGUUAAAUAUCACAGAAGCGCUGUGAUUACAGCUUUGCAAGCCCAACUGUGCAGAGUGAGCACUGAGACAGUAUUUAGGGUUUCCAGGGGCGAGGCUGGUGGAAGAGCUGGUCUUUGACCCUGGUUCCUGGAAAACAAGCUCCCCCCACCCCCACCUCUCAACCAACUUCAUAAACACCAAGAAUAUUUCUCUGGGGACACUGUUACCAACUUACACAGGAUGACAGGAUGCAGUGUUAUUUGGAGCUUUUAUUUAUUAGUGGUCAUCAAUGAGUGCACAGAGGGACCAGGAGUUGGUUCCUAGGGCCCGGUGGAAGGCCUGCAUGCUGUUUGCAUCUCAUCUGUGGCUGCCAGGUAAAGAAGGGACAAUGGCUACAAGGCAGCGCCUCAUGUGUAUGCUGGUUUCAUCCUUUUCCAUCUUUAUUUCCAAUAGGACAAGGCCUUGAAGGAAUGCAGGUUUAGCAGUAGAGGCUGAAGGAGGUGAACAGCAGGCUGUCAGCUGGAAAAUCCACUCGCCAGUUAGGGCUCAGUGAAUAAGUUUUAUCCUCUGAAAGAACUUGCCUUUCUAGGAUGUUGCCUUAGAGCAAGAACAGGCCCAGCAGCCAGCUGCUCUUCCCCGUGUCUGCCACAGCAUUAGGAGAAGGGUGUUUGCUGAGCUCUCCUGGUAUCCACAGAGGCCACAGGGCAGGUGAACGUGCACAGCCCUCUUCCCCUGUCCAGUCUGUCACCCUGCACCUGGGGAGAUUGGUGCUACCCAGGAAGAGAGAGCACAGAGAUAAUCCCAGGAGAAGGAGGUGUGUAUUGCCCACAUUCCUUCUUGGUUCCUGCUGCUAAAACCUGCACUAUGGCAAUGUAAAUGUAUCCUGAGGGUGGAGAGGAGUGUUUUAAUACACCAUGUCUGUGUCUUCUUGUUUUGUGUUUUUUCUGUUUGUGGCAAAAAGGCUGACAUUGCUGAUAUGCCCAUCCAGUAUUUUGUUCUCAUCGAGCCUUAUUUUAUCUAUUCUUACUACCUCUCCAUCAGUGAGAUUCUGUGUUCUCUGCAGCUGUCUCAUUCCUUUCCAAUGACAGUGACACAAAAUGACUUAAAAUAGCACUGGUGCCCAGCAACCCCCAGUUGAGGGCAGAGAUAGAUGCCUGCCCCUUUUUUUUUUUCAUAGAUUAGAAAGUUGAGAAUAGCCUUUACUAUGUUUAGAGUCUUUCUGCCUUUCUGGUAAUCUGCAAGGUUCAUUGUUUUAUUUGGGUAAGGUAUCGAGGAACAACUGAAAAGAUGAAGCAAAGAACCUUGAGAAGUGCUCCACCCCAGCUGUUCCUUAGAAUUAAAUGUGAUUGGGCCGGGGAUUUAGCUGAGUGGUGCCUGCGCCUGCCUUGCAAGCGCGUGGUCUUGAGUUCGAUCCCUGGUACGCCCCCCCCCCCCAGAUAAAUGGGAGUUGAAAACAUCUGUGAGACUCAGGGCUCCUGGCUCCUGUAUGGAGGGGAUGGGGUGAAGCCUGAUGAUGAGGGCUCUAGUGCCCCCUCUGGUGUCCUGAGGUGUUGUCACAGCUGAGAAGCAGAUUGUUGAGAUAAAGGAUUUGGAUUCCCUGCCAGGAGUAUUAUAAAACUCAAAAAUUUACCAACUUGUCAUUUCUGACCAAAUUCUAUAUAAAACUUUGGAUAGAGCUUAAAAAAGAAAAGCUUUAAAGAAUCCCAAGAUUUUACCCAGCACUCGGGAGGCUAAGGCAGGAGGAUUGUCCCAAGUUCGAGGCCAGCCUUGAUACAUAGUUCAAGGCCAGCUUGAAUGACAUAGUGAGACCCUGUCUUAAAAAAAAAAAAAAGAUUUUAAAGAGUCCCAAGUUACCAGAGUCAAGCACAACUGCAUUUAGGAAGGGAAAUAAGUUUAUUUUGUGUCUUUAGGGGCAGCUCUGACUUUUAACUAUGCUUCACAAAACCCAAACCGUAACUUUGUCGUCCUACAAGCAAGAGCCUGUCUCGUACGUCCUCAGAACUAGCAGCAGUGGGAACUCAGCCUGGGUACUGGUGGGUUUACAAUUUUCCUCAUAAAAUGUGGAGGGUAGCUGGUUCUCUGAGAGGCUGGGAUGGAGAGGGCAACAUCUGUCACACAUACUUCCCUUUAAAAAACGGGAAAGAUGCAGUGGCUGCCCCACCACUUUCUGUUCAGUAGCUCCGCUUUUGCCUGAAGGAAUAGCAAGUGCUCCCACUUCUCUGUCUGGAGAUCUUUUUGGUACCUUCUCAAUUAGCAAACCACACAGCCUAAAAAUACACUCAUCAUUAUCCCAAGUUUAUUUUGGUUCUUCCCUGUUGCUCAUUCCUAGAAAACGAGUUCAGGAUAGCAGGAUUUUGGUUGUGACUUUUUGAAAAGGAAGGAAACCUUGAAGGUCAUGUUUGGAAGAGCUCUGCUGAGGAAACUUACUGUCUUGGGUCUUAGUCCCUGGCCAUCCACCUGUUCACAUUUCCAUUGAGCUAUUUUGCCCCCUUGUAAUUCACUUGGCUGCUUAGGUGGUUCAGAUGAGGGUUCAGCUUCAGAGCCCUGGAGAGCCCCCGAGAGGGGUUCUGUAUGUAGGGGUCCCUGUGUAUGUCCAGAGCCUCUGCCAUGGUACACCUUCCUUGGACUAACUUGGGUUGGAGGAUUUGCUAGAACUCUGCCCUUUCACUUGAAAGUCAAAGCCAAGGAGAAUGGUCAGAGAGCCUUAGGCCUGGAGCUGACCAUUCCUGUGACAGGCCGGGAGGUUGUGCCCCUUUAGACACUGCUUAACUGUAAGUGGCCAUAAUGCAGAGAUGUGGGCUCUGUGGACAGCUGCAUCCUGGGUGCUGUUUACUUUAUCAUUUUGAUCACCUCGCGGUUUGAACUGUUGGUCUCUGAGGCCAAGUCUGCAACUUGCCUUUCACUCACUUGUCUGCCUUUCAGUGGUGGUCGAUCGGCUAGCUGGCAGAUAGGAGUCAGUCACCAGUCUCCGUGUCUUGUCUUGGCUAGGACCUGUGGGAGCAGCUUAGUCCUGAGACCCAGAGAACUGCUAUCCUUUUUCUCCUUGAGGGAGGAAAUGAAACAGGAACACAAUGUUCUUCCACAGCAUAGGAAGAAGAAAAUAAAAUCUCCUUUCCAACAAAUCUGA